GGAAAUACCCCUCCCUUCUUUUAUUUUUCCCUUUUCUUUUCUUCAGUUCAGCCGCCCCCUUCUCUCACCGCUCCACGCCUCCACAUGCCGCCUCCACACGUUGGCCUUCCUGCACCAGCCUCCACACGCUGGCCUUCUUACGCCGGCCUCCACACGCCGGUCUCUAUACGCGGGGCUCCCUACGCCGGCUAAUCUUUUCAUUUUCACGGAGUCACGGGAUCAAAAUUCAGGUUUUACCUGUAAAGUGAACGGACCUAUAAAGGUUGAUUCUUUAUUUUGGACAUUGUUUCAUUGGUAAGCUUUAGUUAUGAGUUAUCUUUCACGUCGGCGAGGGAAUGGUGCAAGGAAUAAGGAUAUUGAGAGGCAACCUCUCAAGGAAGGUGAAGGUGAUUCAUCGGCAAAAAUAAUGACGACAAAGACAAUUUUUGACCCGCAAGGGAAGUUCCUUCGAAGGUGGAAUGUAAUAUUUGUAUUGUCGUGCGUUAUUGCAGUAUCAGUGGAUCCCUUGUUCUGUUACCUUCCCAUGAUCAACAUCAAAAAAUACUGCAUUGACUUGGACAAGAAGUUGUUGAUCACGACUAUUGUUUUGCGAUCGAUCAAUGAUAUCAUUUACCUUAUGCAUAUUAUGUUGCAAUUUCGUACUGGUUUUGUAGAUGAGAACCUUCGCAAAGUUGGAAAAAAUGUGUUGAAUACAAAUGCUAUGGCAAUAGCUAGAAGGUACUUGAAGUCAUACUUCGUAUUCGACAUUCUAGUUAUUCUUCCAAUACCACAGGUGGCAAUUUCAAGUAUUAUUUCAGAAAUGAGACGGAUGACCUCUUCAUAUAAUAUUGUAAUGUUGAACUGUGCUGUUAUCUUCCAAUAUGUGCCAAGAAUUCUCCAAAUAUUCCGAUCCUGGAAGGAACUUAUAAGAAGCGACGAGAAAUUUGAAGAAAACAUAUGGUUUAAAGCUGCGUUAAAUUUCUUUCUGUAUCUCCUUGCUGGUCACGUAUUGGGAGCCUUUUGGUAUUUUUUCUCUUUUCAACGAAUGAUGGAUUGUUGGCAUUCAUCAUGUGAAAUUCAGAGUGGAUGUGUUCAAACAUAUUUUAACUGUGACAACAGUAGAGGAAAUUUCUCAUUUUCUAAUGAUUUCUGCGACAUAAGUACACCAGAUACGCAAUUUAAUUUUGGAAUAUAUUUAGAAGCCCUUCAAUCUGGUGUGGUGGAGUCCAGACAGGUUCUAGGAAAAAUAUUUUACGGUUUCUGGUGGGGCAUGCAAAAUCUGAGUUUGCUUGGUCAAAACCUCAAGACAAGUGCAUAUGUAUGGGAUAACUUCUUUUCGGUUUAUAUUUCUGUCAUGCGCUUGUUCCUGUUUUUAUAUUUUUUGGGAAAUUUGCAGUUGGCAAUUACAAGAUCAGAAGAGUUACGCAUGAAGAUGAAAUCAGAAAAACGAAAAAAACAGAAAGAAAAAAUAGAAUUGUGGAGUUCCAAACACGAUCUUCCUAGUGAUUUGAGAGGCCCGAUUAUGGACAACAUGAUUCAGAAAUUCAAAGAAGACGAAGAUGUUUACGUGGAGAACCUUCUUCUGAAUCUUCCUGGGGAACUUCAAAAUAAUGUAAAGCAGCAUAUCUGCUUAAAGCUACUAGAAAAUGUAGAAGUGCUUCGGGGUAUGGAUGAACAAAUGUUGCUUAAGAUGUGCCACACUCUCACACCAGUCUUCUACCAGGAGCACAGCUAUGUUAUUCGGGAGGGAGACCCAAUUUUUGCAAUAUUCUUCAUUACAAACGGCAUUGCAUGGACCUAUACAACCGGUAAUAAUGGUAGAGGAGUUUUGCCCACACAUGCUGAGCGUCUUGUAGAAGGUCAGUUCUUUGGAGGAGAACUUCUAGAAUGGCUUCGGAAAUCUACCUCCACCUCCAGGAAUAACCUAUCCAAACUCCCCAUUUCAUCAAAAACGCUGAAAACCCACACAAAAGUGGAAGCCUUUGCUCUAAUGGCAGACGACUUGACGAAGAUAUGGUCUUACAUGUUAUCGCGAGACUCAGAGCCAUUACAAUUCGAGGCAGCUUCUAUUAUACAACGAGCAUGGCGUGUGCGUAGAUCCAAGAUGGGUGAUGCCAUUGGUACUUCAGGACAAAUUCAGUCAAGCAGGGCAUGACAUUGUUAUUGCAAAAGCAAUAGUUUGUUUUGAUGUCUUUUGUAUUAAGUUUAGUUUUCUAGUGAUUAGAGUUGCUACUUGUUUGGAUUCUCAAUGUUAAUGGUAGAAUUAGGGAAAGACUAAUGUCUGAAAUAAUAAAUUGUUUGGGGUAAUAUGUUUGUAUUUUGACAUGACAUGUAAUCACCGCUAUGUCUCACAUUCUCA